CCCUGCCUGCCUGGGCGCACUCCAACACAUGAGCUCCAACAGCAACUGCUUUCCGUCCCGUCUGCUUCAUUCCUUCCCUUUUACUUCAAACGCCAGACCUAAUGAGGGGCGCUCCAGAAGUUCCGUCUGGACUUGGCUACUUCAGUUGAUGCCCACUUCCUCUAAUAAGCUGCCUUCUCAGGUCUUACUUGGAACCGAGCCAGAGGCGGUCCCUCGCAACAUCUCAGCAGCAUCAUCUUCUUUGGCGCCGCAGCAUCGGUUUUGACGCUUAACUGCACAAUACUUGUCCUUUAUUCUCCUGCAUACCUCCAGCGGUUAACUCCAAUACCUUGAUUUUGUAGUCGCCAUACUUACCCCUUCCGCGGUUCUUGCGCUGAGCAGAUUCCGACAUGGCUCCUGGCAGCCUCGCUGGCCACGACGAGGGGGGCGUGUCACCGGGAAGAAAACUCGGAAAAAUUAUGGGGAAGCUCGGGUCAAGGAACCCCGAAAAGCAGACGGCCAUUUGCGAACUGUCGCGGCCCCUGACACUGAUCGACCUUCCGCAUGAUAUCCUGGAGCUGAUCCUGAAAGAGAUCACAGAUAACAGUGACUUGACUGCGCUUGCACGUACACACUCGGUCCUGUACGACCUCGUAAUAGCUGCUAUAUACUCGAGUUUUGACAUCGCCUGGCCAGAUAGCAAUAAUUCUUGGUCCCCUAACACUCCAACUGUCGACGCUCUAACAUCUGGUCUAUCGACUCUUUGCCGGAAUACGCACUUUUCUUUUGCCGCAAUCACGACAGGCAAGCCUGGGAGGCCCGCGAGAUUCGGCGGCAACAACUAUACAGAAUACGUUAAAAAGUUCUCGAUCGAAAAUGGACCCAGAGAAUGGCUUGAGAACUACCUGGUCACCAAGGUGGGCGGCAAAAUGCUUAACACUCUGGUAGCAUCGGCAGUCGCGAAGAUGACCAACCUGGAGUCAUUCACUUGGGACAUGCCGACCGGAGUCCUGUCUGACACUUUUAUGGCUUUGGCUUCUCUUAGUCGCUGGCCAAACCCUGAGCCCAGCAAACUCAAAAGUGUUUGGAUCAGGUGGCAUGACACUUCAGGACUAUCCGACCACCCAUCGACUUCGAACCAUACUCCAUUUCCGCUUCUAACAGUUCAGGCGGGAAGUGUAAUGACACCUAUCGGCUGUAGGUCACCUAAUCAUGCCACGUACAACGGAUCAAAAUCUCCGAUAGGAUACUCGCAAUGCAGCUACGAGUAUCCAACGUUCAGUAUCCUACCGCCCCUCAAAAGCUUGACGGUGUUGAACAUCGAAGAACCAGCCUACUUGGAUGAGAUGGCGACCUUGAUCGAACGAUCCAAAGACAGUCUGGAGGAGCUCAGAGUAGGACUUUCAUUGAGGGCAUACAGGAGGGAUUUCUUCAUGGCAUGGGAUGGAUCGACACUCAAGCAGGUGGAUCAUAAUGCAAGAUGGCCAGGCGAGUGCACCAUUGGCGAGAGACGAUUAGGAGGUGUGCUGGGCGUCCUGGUCGGAAAGAUCUACGAUAUACGGAGGAGAUCGCCCGAGACGAAGAAGCACGACACUAGCAUGGCUGGAUCAGGGACGCAAGUUUCGAACUCGACGACAGAUCCUUCUGCUCAACGAGCAUCUGUUCUUCAGUCUCCGAACCAGCAGUAUUCUACAGAGGCAUUGCGAUCAGCAUCUGAGAACGCAAGAUCAACAAAACCAGACCAGGGUGUUGCAGGACUGCGUGACGGAAAAUUAAAGCUACGCGUCCUUGAGCUUGAGCGAAUGGCCUUGUCAAUGCACGUACUGAGGUACGCAUUUGACUGGUCAGUCCUGACAAGCCUGACUAUCCUGUGUUGUUUACAUCAAGAGACGGUAUGGGUGUUAUUGCGAAGGCAGUUCCGACCUGAACCUGUCAAUCCCGAUGUCGAAACAUCCUCAGGUACACCAAGCGCCUCCCCGUCCACUCUACGAUACAAGCUGUCACUGAAGAAAAUUCAUACCGAUCUUACCACCCCUGCUCUCAUAGAGUUCAUCAAGGAGACUCUGGCUCCGGACUCGUUGGAAACUCUUUACCUACAGGAUACCAGGUUGAACGGUCCCGCUCCCCCGGUAAAGCUUCACAAGAUCUUCCAGGCGAUCGAAGUACACAGUUCCAGCUUGCGCGCCUUACUCCUCGACAGCUCCGGCCCAACUCCCCGUACUAAUUGUUCUCGAUGGCGCUACUGGUCACUUACGACAAAUACGCUCCGCUACAUUACAAGCGGAAGAAUGGUCAACCUGAAGCAACUUUCUGUCUCACUCUAUUACUCUGCUUGGCACCCUUUCCUCCAAAGUCUUCCCAACAUGCCUCAGCUCCACGCAAUCGACAUUCCACACGUCGCCGAAUACUUCUAUCCCACCCUACACCCGAACGAGCUAGCCCUAUAUAUUGCCGACAUCCUUACUCUGCGACCUGAGGUUCGUCUGAAGUACGCCGGCAUAUCUCAUACCUGCUUCGAGUUCUGGGAGCAUCGCAGGGUGAUUACCGAUCGGAAGUGGAGCGUGUCGGAAGUUGAUACCUCGGCUGCAUUUCUGGAAAGCUGGGGCAAUGACGUGGGCAGCGGGGAGGUCGAUGACGAUGACGGCGAUGACGGCGAUGAUGACGACAGCGAGAGCUCAUCAUCAGAAGAGGAAGAUGACGAGGAUGAAGACGAAGAAGGCGUAAUUACUGAUGAUAACGAGCUGGAGGAAUUUCACAUGGACGAAGAUGAUGAUCACUUGGUGCAUGGUGCGUCGAGCGAUUCAGAGGAUAGUGAUGAAGAUAGUACCCGGGAAGAAGAUGACGGUUUCUACGACCCUGAGGGACGGGUCUUGAUCCGUGUUAGGGAGAUACCCUUUGAGGAGGACAAAGUUGAGAUCUUUCGGGCGAGGCAUAUGAAGCUUUAGAAUGGAAGAAGAUCUUGGGUGUGUAGAUUGCCAUAGAGGGAUGCAUUUGAGCUUUGAGCAAUCUGGAGGUAGAUACCCAGCGAGGAUGGUCGCAGAUUAGGCCAGAUGCAAAGUCAACUAUAGUGGAUUAGUCCUUAGGUGAUUCUCAAAGUAGUUCUAUGGCCCAUCUUCAACCUUGUCGCAAUCACAACGGAGAGUGCAGUAGUUAUUAUAGUGAUAUAAACUCGUGGAGCCGC